AGUUUUUGAAAAAAAAAAUGUGCACAUUACACUAUAUACAAAUUUGUCAAGAUUAUUUUAUCAUUUAGAAAUUUUACGUUUAACAAUAAAAUUACUGAGUUAGUUAUAAAAAAUUAUAAUAAUCAAAUAAAUAAAUAAUGUCUAUCAAUGAAUUUCCUAGUAUUUAUAUUCAUAGCUGUAACAAUGAAGAUCCUUUAAAAAUUAUUCAAUCCAUAAAAAAUGAAGAUAACAUAGAAAUUUAUAAAAAUGAAGGUGAUAUUUUUUCUUAUCAUUGGGAAUUGGAUUGCAAGUAUUAUACAGCAGAAGUACAAUUGUGCACGUCAAAUAACUUAAAAAAUUUAAGUAGUGCAUUUAUAGAAAAUAUUAAUGCGAUAAUAAUUUUAUUUAACCAAGAAAAUGAAAAUAUUAUGGAAUCUUUAAAUGAAUGUUUAUCACUUGUAGAACAAAGCAGAGCAGAAGUUUUAUUACUCUUAAGUGAAAAAUGUAUUGAGUAUGAUUCCAGCUCUAAAAAAAUAUUUGAUUGGUGUCAAAAAUAUCACUUUGAAUUGGUUGUUUUGGAAGAAGAUGCCAUUGAAUUGGAUAUUGUUGGUAUUGAGCGUGUGAGACAAGCUCUAUAUGCUCAUUACUGGCCAAAUCUUAAAGCAAAAUGUGAUAUCACCCAUCCUAGCACAAAAUCGAUUAUCGAAGGUAGUGUUGUCAACUGUGCUCUUAGUGAAGAGUUGUCAGAUUUAAAAAUGGAUGAGGCAGAAGAUACUGAACUCGAUAGUAACUUAUUUAGUGAAAUGUUUGAAGGUGAUAUUAAUUUUUUUCAAACUUUCGACAAAGUUAGAAAAUUAAAAGAACAAAUAUCUGCUAUGCCUGAUGAAGAAAGAAAAGAUGCUGCUGAAAAAGCAUUAACUGAAUGCUGGAAAGCCUUUUUUGGUGAAGAUGUUGAUUUAUAAGCUACCAUUUCAUAUUAUUAUUAUUAAUAGUACUCUAAAAAUAUAUUAUGAAAUAAAUAAGAUUUUAAUGUUUGUAUAAAUAGUUUAAAUUAAAAAUUAAUUCAAUAGUUAUAAGAGAGUAUUUAUUGUAUUAUUUAAA